AUGGAACAAGAGUAUCUCAAGCCUUGAUACAUUUCCCUUCUUAGCUUUCAUUGCCAAACCCUAGUGUGGCCUAGCUGUUUUCUCAAUAUGAGAAAGGCUUCCACUCUGCAAUGCUCACUUUGGCGCUUCGGUGUUUCCCUAUUGCUGGUUGCCAGCUUCAUUUGUGCUUCUUCUGUUAUGGCAACAACUGAAGUUUCAGGGAAUGAAGUGGAUACCGAUGGGAAGCUUGUAAAUGAAGAGCCAGCAAAAACAAGCCUUCAAGGAUAUGAUGAAGAAGAAAAAUUUAAAGGGCUUUUUCCAAAAUCUAUUCCUAUAGUUAAGCCUAUCCCAAAGUUAGUUAAACCUAUUCCUAUUCCCGUGUAUAAGCCUAUACCAAAACCAAUUCCCUUGGUGAAGCCUAUUUCAAAGCCAAUUCCAAUUAUAAAGUCAAUUUCUAAUGAAGAAGAAAAAUUUAAAGGACUUCCAAAACCUAUUCCAGUAAUUAAGCCGAUUCCAAAACUAAUUCCUGUUGUAAAACCUAUUCCUGUUCCAAUAUAUAAACCUACACCAAAAUUAAUUCCCAUCAUUAAACCAAUUCCAAUUGUUAAACCUGUACCAAAACCAAUUCCUAUUGUUAAACCUGUACCAAAACCUUUUACAGUGCAAAAACCCAUCCCCGCUAUUGACCCAGAGUCUUUUCUAAAGCCGAAGCCUUUCUUUGAGAAACCUAUUCCUAAAUUGCCACUUGACCCUAAAUUCAAGAAACCACUUCUGCCACCUUUCCCAAUUCAAAAGCCAAUUUCAAGUCCAUAAGAUGAUAAGACUUUACCACCUCUCACGAAAAAAUAUCUUGCUUAGACGAUCUAUUUCUAACUCCUAUGUAUGUGCUCUAUAUCUCAAAAUUAUUAGUUGCACUUGAUAAUCCUAGGGUAUCUCUCUUUAUGUUGGAAUACCUAUAUAGUUAAUGUUAUCUCCUCAAUAAAGUUCUCAAUAUUUGCGGUUA